AUGGCCAAUGCAGAGGAGCUUGUAAAUGACUAUGAGACGCGGAUACAGAAGAUCCUAUGGGAAGUCAACGACAAAGGAAAAACAGUUGGGAGGGACGACAAGAUACCCCCCAACAACUCGUCCAAAUAUCACGAACCCGACAUGCCCUGUGUCAUGGAUAUAGAAACUGUGUUCUCUUCCCAAUGCUCGGCACCCGCUCACUCGGAAGAACUCAAUGCAGUAGGGGAGGCAGACGCAUCUGAUGCAGGAAGAGCGAACGGACCUAUUUUGGUCACCUCCUCCUUUCUUCGGUUGGUGGUCGAAAUUGCGCAUUCAAUGGACAGAGCCUUACAAAGGGAAAACCACCAAUACUCUAGGGAUCACCCCAGUGAAAGGGGGAUACCCACACCGCCUCGUCCACGUCGAGAAUUUGACCCACUGGAUGAUGAAGGGUCCGACGUUGACUUACUCCAGCAAGUCACUGAAAAUUGGAACACGGAUGAAGAGAACAACAACAACACGGACGAUAUACCGUCAUUUUAUUCCGCAUCUCACGCUUCGGACGACGAGGAGUGGGAGUCCAAUAACUCAUUCGGGACGAACGAGUCUUAG